GCGGGGGGGGGCGCGGCGGGGGGCGGCCGGCAGGUGUCGAUGCAGUACAACCCCGGCUGGAACAACUCCUCCGUCAACCUGCUCCACGUGCGGGCGGUGGGGGCCGCCGACACCCUGCACUACAUCUGGAGCAGCAUUGGGGCCCCCGCCGUGCUGCUGGUGGCUACUGGGAGCGGGAGCAGCUCCCUGCGAGUCAACUGGACCCGGCUGCUCUCGCCGGCUCCGGCGGGCGCCCUUUGGAUCGACCCUCCCAGCAGCGUUAUCUACUCCGCUGCUGUUGUCUUCACCAAGGUGUUUGAGUACAGCGAGGCCCAAAUGCCGGAAGAGCUCUUCUACCCCACGUACGACCUGUCUGAUUUUUCCUGGGACAGCGUCAACCACACCCUGAACCACACGGCCCUGAGGGCCGAGUUCACCGGCGUCCCGGCCGCCGACCCCAGCGGCAGCUUCGCCAACGCCAGCCUGGCGUUUCGGGUGACAGCUUAUGAGGCGAGUGGCCGUGACGGGCCCCUGCCCAGCCUCCUGCACACAGCAAACAGCUCUAAAGUGGAGUUUGUACUGGCUGGGGUGGCUCCGCGGGGCAACAGCUCCCGAUUUAUGCUGGAGGUGGCCACGGUGGAGGAGGCAGGGGUGGCGCAGAAGCUGCGCUCGACACGCUCCAUCGACGAUGAGUACACUCCCACCAUCUUCGAGAUGCUCUCCCUGGUAGCCCAGUCCCAAAACGACAGCUCCACGCUCAGCUUCCUGCAGUGGAAGGCGACAGCCUACGGCUCCCGGAGCCCCAGGCGCGAGGACAACAUCCAGUGCCGGUCUCACGGCCUGCAAGCAGCCAACUGGACCCUGCCCGCCUCCAGCGUUGUCCGUGCCUACUUUGGGGAGGGUGUAGGCAGCACCUACACCGUCAGCGCCAUCAAUAUCUCUUUUGGGGGAGAGGAUGGGAAGGUUUACCAGGAGAAGCGCUACCUUAGCUGGUCGGCGCUCCUGGGCUUCGGGCAGCCCCCUAAGGACACCUUCUCCCCCCUCGUCAUCUCCAUCAUGGCUGUGGCACUGGGCACCCCCACAGUGAUGCUUCUGGUAGGCAGCUGUGUGGUUCUCUUUGCCCAGAGGAAACGCUACUCUGAGUACGAGCCCAUCAACUGAGUGGGACGGUCUCUGGAGAGACCCCCAGGAUCCUUCUUGUCGCCAGGAAACAACUGUGGCUGCUGCAGGGGCUCCAGUGCCUGCGAUCUCCUCUCUGUCCUCCCCUCCGUCCCUGCAGUCCAGGCUUGGAGGGGGCCAGGGCAACAUUUGCAGCGGUUGCCCACGUCGCAUAUCGCUCUUGUCCUGCUCCCUCUUACUGCAUCUGAUUACACUUCUUCCUCUGUUUUCUCCUGAUCCAUCCAGUCAAGGGAAGUGACAUGGGGGAGUUGGUCAGCGUUGUCUUGAGCCGCGGGAGGAUCCUCCUUCUUCCAAGGGAUAAAACCACUGUUGCCAUGUCUGCAGGCACUCCGGGGUUGCUUGGGUGGCUCCAACCCAGGAGUGGGGCUGGAGGACAGGCCUGGGGCUGCUCCUGCCGGUGUGCCCAGUGCCUUUUGCUGCUUCUUCGCUGUGCUGGGGGCACCCCAGAACAGCCCCCCUCAAGCCAGCUGGGGCUCACAGACUCCUCAGUCCCCAACAGGCACUUUCUGCUGGGCUGGCCUCGGUGAGGGCUGCUGGUGCAAGAGGGAAAAACCCAGUGCUGCUUGAGCUCAGGUAUGUCCUGUCAGCCCGCGAAGGGCUGGUCCAGCCUUGCUCUCAGUUAACUGCAGCCGUUGGCUCUGCCGGGCUGGCUCGGAGGUGCUAUCCAGGUGCUUGAAGCCAUGGGGCAAGCGUGGUCUGCGGCUGCUCGGUGUUUGAAGAGGCACCGCAUCACUUGGGGGCGUGCUGGGUUUUUACGUUCUCCAUCGCUGUCUUGUCUUUGACCAAAUUAAAGUGGAUUUCUAAGAGCA